AUGAAUAAUGGUAUGUGUUUACUUCUAUUUCUUUUGACCGUCAAGGCAUAUUCACAGUCUACGUUAGCAUCAGGAUUCGUCAUCAGACAGUAUAGAAAUAAUGAUUCCAUGGUAGUAGCCACUACAGAUGUUACAAACAAAACAUCUAAACCAAAAUUAUCGCGUUUAAUGAGAAGAUUUUGUAAAUUAUAUCCAGAUCACGGAUUUUGUCGACCCAAUGACCAUCCUAACACAACGGAUUACACCGACGACGCGGUAAGUACUCCUACAACUCCGGAAUCAACUACAAACUACGAGCCCAAUAGCACAGCGUCUACCACUACUAAUGUUUUGAACAACGUGACCCUCAUUGGGACAACAACGUCAGUUCCUACAAAUUAUACCAAUUCUGCGAGCACCUCCAAUGAGUUUGUAACCACUACUGAAGUUUUGAACAACGUGACCCUCGUUGGGACAACGACGGCAGUUCCUACGCGUCAUACUUAUUAUCCGGACACCUCUACUGGAUUUUCAACCACUGAUGAAGUUGUGGAUAAUGUGACCCUUAUUGAGACAACAACGUCAGUUCCUACAAAUUAUACCAAUUCUGCGAGCACCUCCAAUGAGUUUGUAACCACUACUGAAGUUUUGAACAACGUGACCCUCGUUGGGACAACGACGGCAGUUCCUACGCGUCAUACUUAUUAUCCGGACACCUCUACUGGAUUUUCAACUACUGAUGAAGUUGUGGAUAAUGUGACCCUUAUUGAGACAACAACGUCAGUUCCUACAAAUUAUACCAAUUCUGCGAGCACCCCCAAUGAGUUUGUAACCACUACUGAAGUUUUGAACAACGUGACCCUCGUUGGGACAACGACGGCAGUUCCUACGCGUCAUACUUAUUAUCCGGACACCUCUACUGGAUUUUCAACUACUGAUGAAGUUGUGGAUAAUGUGAUCCUUAUUGAGACAACAACGUCAGUUCCUACAAAUUAUACCAAUUCUGCAAGCACCUCCAAUGAGUUUGUAACCACUACUGAAGUUUUGAACAACGUGACCCUCGUUGGGACAACGACGGCAGUUCCUACGCGUCAUACUUAUUAUCCGGACACCUCUACUGGAUUUUCAACUACUGAUGAAGUUGUGGAUAAUGUGACCCUUAUUGAGACAACAACGUCAGUUCCUACAAAUUAUACCAAUUCUGCGAGCACCCCCAAUGAGUUUGUAACCACUACUGAAGUUUUGAACAACGUGACCCUCGUUGGGACAACGACGGCAGUUCCUACGCGUCAUACUUAUUAUCCGGACACCUCUACUGGAUUUUCAACCACUGAUGAAGUUGUGGAUAAUGUGACCCUUAUUGGGACAACAACGUCAGUUCCUACAAAUUAUACCAAUUCUGCGAGCACCUCCAAUGAAGUUGUAACCACUACUGAAGUUUUGAACAACGUGACCUUCGUUGGGACAACGACGGCAGUUCCUACGCGUCAUACUUAUUAUCCGGACACCUCUACUGGAUUUUCAACCACUGAUGAAGUUGUGGAUAAUGUGACCCUUAUUGAGACAACAACGUCAGUUCCUACAAAUUAUACCAAUUCUGCGAGCACCUCCAAUGAGUUUGUAACCACUACUGAAGUUUUGAACAACGUGACCCUCGUUGGGACAACGACGGCAGUUCCUACGCGUCAUACUUAUUAUCCGGACACCUCUACUGGAUUUUCAACUACUGAUGAAGUUGUGGAUAAUGUGACCCUUAUUGAGACAACAACGUCAGUUCCUACAAAUUAUACCAAUUCUGCGAGCACCCCCAAUGAGUUUGUAACCACUACUGAAGUUUUGAACAACGUGACCCUCGUUGGGACAACGACGGCAGUUCCUACGCGUCAUACUUAUUAUCCGGACACCUCUACUGGAUUUUCAACCACUGAUGAAGUUGUGGAUAAUGUGACCCUUAUUGAGACAACAACGUCAGUUCCUACAAAUUAUACCAAUUCUGCGAGCACCUCCAAUGAGGUUGUAACCACUACUGAAGUUUUGAACAACGUGACCUUCGUUGGGACAACGACGGCAGUUCCUACGCGUCAUACUUAUUAUCCGGACACCUCUACUGGAUUUUCAACCACUGAUGAAGUUGUGGAUAAUGUGACCCUUAUUGAGACAACAACGUCAGUUCCUACAAAUUAUACCAAUUCUGCGAGCACCUCCAAUGAAGUUGUAACCACUACUGAAGUUUUGAACAACGUGACCUUCGUUGGGACAACGACGGCAGUUCCUACGCGUCAUACUUAUUAUCCGGACACCUCUACUGGAUUUUCAACCACUGAUGAAGUUGUGGAUAAUGUGACCCUUAUUGAGACAACAACGUCAGUUCCUACAAAUUAUACCAAUUCUGCGAGCACCUCCAAUGAGUUUGUAACCACUACUGAAGUUUUGAACAACGUGACCCUCGUUGGGACAACGACGGCAGUUCCUACGCGUCAUACUUAUUAUCCGGACACCUCUACUGGAUUUUCAACUACUGAUGAAGUUGUGGAUAAUGUGACCCUUAUUGAGACAACAACGUCAGUUCCUACAAAUUAUACCAAUUCUGCGAGCACCUCCAAUGAGUUUGUAACCACUACUGAAGUUUUGAACAACGUGACCCUCGUUGGGACAACGACGGCAGUUCCUACGCGUCAUACUUAUUAUCCGGACACCUCUACUGGAUUUUCAACUACUGAUGAAGUUGUGGAUAAUGUGACCCUUAUUGAGACAACAACGUCAGUUCCUACAAAUUAUACCAAUUCUGCGAGCACCCCCAAUGAGUUUGUAACCACUACUGAAGUUUUGAACAACGUGACCCUCGUUGGGACAACGACGGCAGUUCCUACGCGUCAUACUUAUUAUCCGGACACCUCUACUGGAUUUUCAACCACUGAUGAAGUUGUGGAUAAUGUGACCCUUAUUGAGACAACAACGUCAGUUCCUACAAAUUAUACCAAUUCUGCGAGCACCUCCAAUGAGGUUGUAACCACUACUGAAGUUUUGAACAACGUGACCUUCGUUGGGACAACGACGGCAGUUCCUACGCGUCAUACUUAUUAUCCGGACACCUCUACUGGAUUUUCAACCACUGAUGAAGUUGUGGAUAAUGUGACCCUUAUUGAGACAACAACGUCAGUUCCUACAAAUUAUACCAAUUCUGCGAGCACCUCCAAUGAGGUUGUAACCACUACUGAAGUUUUGAACAACGUGACCUUCGUUGGGACAACGACGGCAGUUCCUACGCGUCAUACUUAUUAUCCGGACACCUCUACUGGAUUUUCAACCACUGAUGAAGUUGUGGAUAAUGUGACCCUUAUUGAGACAACAACGUCAGUUCCUACAAAUUAUACCAAUUCUGCGAGCACCUCCAAUGAGUUUGUAACCACUACUGAAGUUUUGAACAACGUGACUCUCAUUGGGACAACGGCUGCAGUUCCUACAUGUGAUAUUAAUUUCUGUCAUCUAAUUUCUUUUAUUAUUAGGCAGCUUAUGAAGUAUUUUUGCAAUUGUUCCAAUUUAAUUGAUAUUUUAUCAAUUUAA